AUGAAUUCCGACAGGUUUGAGAGAUCCCAGAAACUCAGGAUCUUAGCCGAACGGCUCCGAAACUACAAAUCUGACCCAACUUUUGAUACCAUAAAUGACAAAACUCCGACAAAUCCAAGAAUUCAAGAUCCAAUACAAACUUCAGAAUCUGUUAACAACCCAUAUGCGAUUCCAUCUGAAAGAAUCGAAACCAACAGAGCCGCAGUUUUGAUCUGUCUGUUUGAGGGCGAAAAGGGUGAUCUUCGCGUAAUUCUUACAAAAAGAUCUUCUACACUUUCCUCUCAUUCCGGUGAAGUGGCAUUGCCUGGAGGAAAAAUGGAAGAGGGUGAUGCCAAUGAUGCCGCGACUGCACUAAGGGAGGCUAAAGAGGAAAUUGGAUUGGACCCUUGUGCUGUGGAUGUUGUAACUGUUCUUCAUCCCUUCCAUUCUAAGAGGAACAUUACUGUAAUCCCCGUGAUUGGCAUAAUGUGGGAUAAAAAUGCAUUCAACCCAGUCCCAAAUGUUGACGAGGUGGAAGCAGUAUUUGAUGCUCCUUUAGAAAUGUUUAUAAAGGAUGAAAAUCGAAGAGCAGAGGAGCGAGAAUGGAUGGGAAAUAAAUAUCUGCUCCAUUUCUUUGAUCAUGAAGUAGACAAUGAGACCUAUGUGAUAUGGGCUUUGACUGCUGCAAUUUUAAUAAAGGCUGCAUCAGUUGUGUACGAUCGGCCACCUGCUUUUGAAGAGCAUAGGCCUAAAUUCUGGAGUAGAAGUCGCCAAUGA